UGCAUCUGCUGCUGCUAUGUAUAGAGUCUGUUCUCAGAGCUGGGUCAACAAAUGCAGAGGAGAAACACUGUGUUUGGAAGCUCAACAAGUGGUGCCUGUGGGUGAAUUUCAAACCAGAUUAGACAUCUGUUCAGUGAAUGUGGUAGUUUGGUGAGGGAUGUAAGGAAGGACGGGAGCAGAAAAUGACGGAGUCCCCUUCGUCUCUGUGUGACACAGGAAGCAGGGUGAAGGUUGACGUCAGGGGGAGCAUUUUCAGCGUUGACAGAACCAUCCUGGCUGAGAACUGUGAGUAUUUCAGAGCUUUGUUCCGCUCUGGGAUGAGAGAAAGCCAACAGGAGGAGGUGCGGUUGCAAAACCUCGGUAUUCAGGGGUUUCUGGUCCUUCUGCGGGUUCUGCAGGGGGAGCAUCCCAUGCUGGACAGCGACCAGAUAGUAGAAGCCAUCGAAUGUGCUGCUUUUCUCCAGGCACCAGCUCUCACCAAGCACAUGAUCAGCAUCAUCACUUCUGAAAACUGCCUGCUCAUGUACCACACUGCUGCCACCUACGGUGUGUGGGAACUGUCCCAACGCUCGGCAUUGUUCAUCAGAGACAUUUACACUGACCUGAAGGAGGAAGUGCACGCUUUACCCAGAGACAUGGUGGAACAUAUCGAGUCUCUCCUCCCAAGCAGCUACAUGGCAGUCUGCAGCCACUCCCCAUCGUCAGACCUGCUGCAGGAUGUCCAGAGGACAGUCUGCUACCUGGACGAGGAACACAGAAAAUGGACGUCCCUAACACAGCUUCCACCCAGCACCAGUACCACCAUGGCCGGGGUGGCCGUCCUUGACAACAAGCUCUACAUCAUUGGAGGCGUACAUGAUGUAAGUAAGAGGGUAGUGGAGUCUGGGUUCUGUUAUGACCCGGCAGAUAAUACAUGGUCCACCAUCUGUGGGCCCCAGCAGCUGCGCUACAGCUUCACACUGAUAGGUCACGAUGGCUGCCUUUAUGCGUUAGGAGGGAAGUUCAACAUGAAGGAGCUGUCGUCAGUGGAGAGAAUGAGGCCGUCUGAGGGGAGCUGGGCGUCCGUCUCGGCCCUUCCCAGCAAAGCGGCCUCUGUGGUGUCUACUGUGGCCAUGAACAGGAUCUUUGUCUGUCUGUGGAAAGGGAACGGGGCCACGGAUAUACACGAGUACGUCCCUCAGUACGACCACUGGCUCUUGGUUACAACUCUCAUCCGUCAGCAGAGUUAUGGGCUCUAUAUGGUGGCUCACAGGGAUAAUCUGUACGUGAUACGGAACGGACCAUGUGAAGACUUCUUACUGUGCGUGAUGGAUCGCUACAACCUGAGCACUGGUCAGUGGACGGCCAUCUCUGGUCAGUAUGGGAACAGCAAAGGCUCUCUGCUCACCGCUGUGGUCAGAGGGGAUUCUGUGUUCACCCUCAGUAGACGCGUGACUACAGAGUAUGUGGUGGAGGAGACUCGAUGGAAACAGAGGCGUGAGAUGGAAGGUUUCGGCAGGAUUGGGUCGAUAUACACAUUUCAGAUGAGGCUUCCCAAAGCCACGUCCUCUCUAAUGGAUCACUGUUUGGAUCAAAAUACAGCAGAAAGCUUUAAAGACUUGAAUAUUCUUCCUCACCCACCUUUACGCUGCUCUAACAAUCUAUAGAAGGAGCUUCUGAGGUCGGCUUCUCUGUAGACUUGAGAGGAGGUUUUCUUUUUAAGCUUUUUGCCAAAGUGCUUCUCUGUGAAGAUGACACUGAUCACUGUUACAUCAGAAAUAAAUGUUUAUUAUGUGUAGAAGUUUGGAAAUUUACAAUAAAGAAUAUAAAAG